AUGACUUCAUUCAUCAUAAAGGAUGUUCGUCUCUUUGAUGGGGAAAAAGUCAUUGACAACGCGAGCGUACUCGUGGAAGACGGCAUAAUCAAGGUCGUUGCUGAAGAACAUGAGAACACCGAUCUUCCAAUAUUCUCCAAGCCAGGCCAUACAUUACUCCCAGGUCUCAUCGAUGCCCACAGUCAUCCUUACGGGGAAGCCAGUCUAUCAGAGCAGUCCUUUCGAUUUGGCAUCACCACUUUGAUGGACAUGCAUAACUUGCAUGCAAAUGCCGUACAGCAGAAACAGUGGGCGAAAGAACGAAAAGAUUUCCCGGACAUCAAGAGUUGUCAUUUUGCAGCGACGAUAAAUAACGGUUGGCCUGCGUGGGUUGAGAAAAAACUGAGUAACAAUAAGAAUGCGACCUACGACGAUUGGCCAGAUGUGGCAAACGUGGAAGAUGCCGAGCCGUUCAUUGAAAGGGCCAUUCGAGAUGGUUCUGACUAUAUCAAACUCAUGCAUGAAAGUGGGAGGGCCGUGGGAUUCGAUGGGCCAACACUGAACCAGCCAGGAGAAGCCGUGCAGAAGGCUGUAGUCGAUGCUGCACAUAAGCGUGGACUAAAAGUAGUUGCGCACGCACUGUCCCUGGCAGACACAAUCGAAGUUUUGCGUGCGGGAGUAGACGGGCUAGCACACACAUUCUUUGACCAGCCCAUUACACCCGAGGUCAUCGAACUCUACAAACGAAACAAUGCCUGGGUGAACCCAACUCUGGUCGCUGCGGGAUCCUUGACGGGUGAGUCGGAGGAGAUUAGCAAGUCAUUUGCCAGCGACUCCAGAGUCAGAUGCAGAAUAUCCGAAGCGCAGGCAGCGUUGAUGCAUCAGUGUUUACACAUGAAAGCGCCGAAUGCAAAGUGGGAGUACGCCAUUGACAGUGUUCGCCAAUUAAAAAGAGCUGGAAUCAACAUCGUCUGUGGCUCGGAUGCUGCCGCAGGGGCCCCGGGUCUCGCAUUUGGGACAAACCUACAUAUCGAGAUGUACCUUCUAGUGACCAAGGCAGGAUUAUCACCACUAGAGGUACUGCAAGCUACAACAAGUGUGACGGCUGAUCUCUUUGGAUGGUCAGAUAGGGGAAGAAUAGCACCAGGGUUGAAGGCGGACUUGUUGCUGGUUGAAGGGGAUCCGUUCAGUGACAUAAAGGACCUUCUGAAUAUUAGGGGAAUUUGGAGAGAUGGUGUGAAAUUUGAAGGGCAUCCGGGGUUUCCGCUUGAAUAG